AUGUGGCGGGAGAGAUGGCUCGGCAGACUCACGUACCAAGCCACGCAGGUGUUCACCGGGCGUGGCUGCUUCGGUGUCUACCCGUGUCGCAUCGGUCGGGAGGCGACGACGGUGUGCCACCAUUGUUGCACGGAGGACUCGGCGCUGCACACGCUGGAGGAGUGCCCCGCCUUUACAGCGCUGCGUCGAGUCCUGGUACAGAAUCUUGGGGUGCAUGACCUCUCGCUCUCCAGCGUAGUUGGAGCGAUGCUGGAGGCCGACAGGAAAUGGAAGGCGGUGGUCUCCUUCUGCGAACAAGUCAUGUCGCAGAAAGAGGCCGCCGAGCGGGAUCGGAAGCGUGCCGAUAAGGCGAUUCCAGGGGGGACCACGGGAACUCUAGAAGAACACAACCGCGGUUCCCUCUCGCCUGGCCGGCCAUCUGGAUGUUGA